AUGAUCAAAGGACCUUGUGCUACUCCGGAGCUAGCAGCCUUGAAAUAUGUCGCUGAACACACAACAAUUCCUGUUCCUAAAGUUUUCAACACGCACUAUCACGAUGGUGAUCUAUAUAUUGAAAUGGAGUAUAUCCGUGGAAUGAACCUCGAGGCAGCAUGGUACCAUGGCCACCUGUCGCAAGACCAGAGGAAAGACAUCAUCGCUGAGGUUGCGGGCUACAUCAGCCAGCUCCGAAAUCUAGAACCUCCGCGAGAAGGAAUGGUUGCAUCGGCAAGCUUAGGCGAGGCCAUGGAUCACCGAGUCGGAUCUUGUACUUUCGGCCCGUUUACGAGUCAUAAAGGGUUCCACUCAUACCUUCGUGCGAACGCUCCAAUCGAGGACUGCAACGAAGUAUUUGGCCCAGAGGUCACUGAAUGCCACUCCCGUCAUUAUCGAAGCUGCUUCACCCACGCAGAUAUCGCCCCGCGGAAUAUCAUGGUGGACAAUGGGAAAGUCUCUGCGAUUGUUGAUUGGCAAUUUGGCGGCUGGUACCCAGAAUACUGGGAGUAUACUAAGGCACACUACGGUCAGAUAGAUCGGCCAGAGUGGUAUGAUGGAUUGGAAGAUGCUAUGGAGAGAUAUGACGACGAACUCAGAGCAGAACAAACUCUCUGGAGACGACUGGACGAGCCACAACUGCUAUGGCGAGGGAAAGAACAUCUGAUUCCGAGCCUGGACCUUGCGUGA